UUCGCCGUCGUCCGCUAGCCAUCAUGCGUUGAAUAUUAAAAUAGUUUCCCUUGUUUUCCGUUUUUCACGUGGAAAAACACUUUUAGUCGAUCGGUACCAUGAACUAGCUUUUCGAUCCACUAGCACACAUCGGCCUGCAAAAAGUUAUCUAUUGUUUCCUGUAGUUUGUGUGUAGCGAAACAUCAACAAAAAACCUCCUCUGCCGCUGGUACAAGUGGGUGGCCAAUCUAAUUAAGGAGGUUGCUUUCAGUGGCCCGACAAGCGUACGCGUUAAUUCAAUUUAUGUGGUACGUUUUGUUCCCGGGCAGUGUAAUUAUGUAAGCGCGGCCCAAUACGACUGUAUCGUCGGUCGUUUAGCGCGAGCAACCACAAACAAACCAAUACCACUGUACCCACCCCCCAAUCGCGUUUCGCUAUGCUGCCAAGGAUCUGUGUAAAGUUUAAGCUCAAGUAUGUCCUGGCGACGUUGCUCGGUCUGUACACUCUACAGUUCUUCGGUGCCUUUACACACUUCUUCGAGCAAGAUUUUGAAUCGACGUUCGAUUACCCGUUGAACGGUGACAUCCUGUCCGAUGUGUACCAGCUGCGCCAUGGUCAGCAACCCGCCCGGCAACCCAUCAACCGGUACAACUAUUCCUACAUCACGGACUGUGAGCACAAGUGCAAGGAGGACGAUCGGCUAAUUGCACCCCGGUUGGUGUUCAUCAUCAAAUCCGCCAUGGAAAACUUUGAUCGACGGGCGACAAUACGCAAAACGUGGGGCUACGAGCGACGCUUCUCGGACGUGAAAAUACGCACCGUGUUUGUGUUGGGCCGUUCGCGCAUCGUCCCGAACCGACGUUUACAGUCGCUGGUGGAUCUCGAGUAUAGCACGUACCGGGACAUCAUACAAGCAGACUUUGUGGACGAUUACUUUAACAACACGAUCAAAACGAUGAUGGGUUUCCGGUGGGCGGUGAAUUACUGUCCACGGGCCAAGUUUUACAUGUUUGCGGAUGAUGAUUUCUACCUGUCGGCUAAGAAUCUGCUCCGAUACGUACGGAACCCGGUCAACUAUCCGGAGUAUCUGGAGGAAACGGACGAAGCACUGCGGAAGCUAGCACGCCGGUUAGCACACACGACGGACAAUAAUGGAGAGAAUCGUACGGGUGUACGUGAUAGCGGGGUAGACACGAACCUUACUCGUACUAAACGACAGCUAAUGACGGAGAUGGAACUUCCACCAAAUGUGAAGCUCUUUUCCGGAUUCGUGUUUCGAUCGGCACCACACCGUCAUCGGAGCAGCAAGUGGUACGUUUCACUCGAGGAAUACCCGUGGGAUAUGUGGCCAACGUACGUUACUGCUGGAGCUUUCUUACUAUCUCACGAGGCCCUUUUCGAGAUGUAUUACGUCAGCAUGUACACGAAACAUUUUCGUUUCGAUGAUAUCUUUUUAGGAAUUGUUGCAAUGAAGGCAGGAAUUGAACCGCUCCAUUCGGAGGAAUUUUACUUCCAUAAGGCGCCCUAUCUUGGCCCGCAGAGCUACAAGUAUGUGCUGGCAACGCACGGGUACGAUGAACCGGCUGAACUGACCAAAGUGUGGAACGAAAUACGAGCUUCCGGUUAUGCGUAGAAUCGAUCGGUGAAAGAUAGAACACAGAAGAAAGGUUUUACAUAAAUUUAUCAGAAACCAAAGGACGCGAACACACGAACACGAAAGCGAACGUCACCCACUCACCAAUGGCGCUCGCGUAUUCGACUAAUACGUAUGCCGACGUAGGAGAAUCGUUACCAGUUAUCUUCCCUAGUGUAGGCUAGUGUGGUGUUUUUCACUUUUAUCACCCUUCCCACCUUACGAACACAACGAGGGACACAACACGGAUCGCCAGUGAAGUAUUGCUCUUGUUUUUUCCUCGUACUUUUAACCGAACUUUCGAACAAACGGCAGACAAAGAGGCUGUAGGCACGACCGAGAUGGACGACUGUGGAUAAUCCGUGCUCCACGUGAAAGAUUGAAAUGUAGGCACCGCGUAUGUAGACCAUUAGAGGAUUCGUUUCAUUAGCGUGUUUCAUCAGGGUAUUUCUUCUAAGAGUGGUUUAGACAACGAAAAACUAGUAACUGUAGAACCGUCGUGUUUUGCCUGCAUCGAGGAUAAAGCUGGACUGUAGUAGCGAUCCAGUUGCGUUUUUUUACAGCAGCGGCAGGUGUUUUUUGCUCGUAUUUAUCUUUCUCCUAUAUACCCAACAAUUGUGAUAGCAUCAAAUGAAGAAACAUAAUAAA